GACGCUGAGCUUCCGGGGUCUGUAGCUGGAGAGGAGGAAGAGCGGGAUCAGCUGAACCUCAGAAGAAAUGAAAAUAUUUUCCUGAAAUUCAUCACCAACAACCAGGAUAUUUAUCAAAAGAUCAAAGUUAAACUGCUGAAAGAGGUGAAGCAGAAGCCUUCCUGAAGAAUCUCCAGAACACGCAGAAACAGUUUGCUACAUUUAAAAGGCAAAUGAAGCAAAGUCCUGACAUGGAGGAACAUCAGCACUCUGUCAAGAGUUUUACUAAACAGAGUGAUCUCAAAAAACACCAGCGUAUUCACACAGGAGAAAAAACAUAUUUCUGCUCAGACUGUGGGAAGAGUUUUACUCAACAGAGUGAUCUCAAAAAGCACCAGCGCAUUCACACAGGAGAGAAACCGUAUUACUGCUCAGACUGUGGGAAGAUUUUUACUACCCAGAGUGAUCUCAAACAACAUCAGCGCAUUCACACAGGAGAGAAACCAUAUUACUGCUCAGACUGUAGGAAGAGUUUUACUACACAGAGUAAACUUAAAAUACAUCAGCGCAUUCACACAGGAGAGAAACCUUAUUACUGCUCAGACUGUGGGAAGAGUUUUACUCAACAGAGUGAUCUCAAAAAACAUCAGCGCAUUCACACAGGAGAGAAACCGCAUCACUGCUCGGACUGUGGGAACAGUUUUACUACACAGAGUAAUCUCAAAAUACACCAGCGCAUUCACACAGGAGAGAAACCGUAUCACUGCUCAGACUGUGGGAAGAGUUUUACUACACAGAGUAAUCUCAAAAAACACCAGCGCAUUCACACAGGAGAGAAACCGUAUCACUGCUCAGACUGUGGGAAGAGUUUUACUACACAGAGUGAUCUCAAAAAACACCAGCGCAUUCACACAGGAGAGAAACCGUAUUACUGUUUCGACUGUGGGAAGAGUUUUACUAAACAGAGUGAUCUCAAAAAACACCAGCGCAUUCACACAGGAGAGAAACCGUAUUACUGCUCAGACUGUGGGAAGUGUUUUACUGAACAGAGUAAUCUCAAAAAACACCAGCGCAUUCACACAGGAGAGUAAUAUAAUACAGGAAAUUGACAAAUCCUGCACCUAACAGCUGGGGUUAUGCAUAGGGCUCAGCCAGGAUCUACUACUCACUCAACUAACAACAAUAGCAAAACCACCACAAUCUGAUACUGGCUCGACAAGAAUCCAGAAGCACAGCCUAACACUAUGUUCAUGGUCCAUUGCCUCAACUGCCAAGUAACAGACCUACCAAAAAAUAACCUAUGAGCAAACAGAAUCCCUCCUUAAUCUAAGCUCACUUCCUUUAACUAUGGCAACAACACACUUACCUAAGCACAAUCACACACAAUAAAUCACAUUAUAAGUUGCGUGAGCAGAACACAGCAACCACUACCAUCUGAUACUGGCUCGACAAGAAUCCAGAAGCAUAGCGAACUAUGUUCAUGGUCCGUGCCUCAACUGCCAAGUACUCAGACGUCUACAAAAACUCAUGAGACAAAUUACUACAAGAGCAGGACCACACCAAUCCCCUUCAUCCAAACUCUAACACAAACUUCAGUGCAAGCUCUUCUCAGGGGUCAUCAGGCAGGCAGAAAAAUGUCCCAAAUUUGUCUCAUGGCAAUUAAAAGCGCAAAUCAUAAAUUCCACCAGAAACAAAUAUGAACUGUAUUUAACAAUGGAUUUUACAGGUUCAGCAAAACUAUUCUUAUCCAGGGAUGAUGUGUAUAGAAUUCCAUGUUAUGUUUGUAUGUCUUGUAAGUUUGAAUAUUCCAGGACAUUCUUUGUGAGACAGAGCUCAGUUUUUAGGUUAGUUACUGUUGCGCAGUAAGGUUACAGGCUCAUUCACUCCCUCUGCUGGUGUUCUUGUUUGUCUAUGGUUCAGUCCAAUUAAAAAUCUGUUACUAUAGAGGGAUAUAGAGGGAUAUUUGGUUGUGUUGUAUUACUCAAGUUUUAUACUCUCUUAUCUUUUCCUUAUUGAAUAUUAAAUGUUGCUUAUGUUUUUUUUAAUCUCCAAAGUUACUAAAAAUAUCCAAAUAAUGUAGUUUCUUAAUUGUUUUUAUCCAGUACAAACUAUUAUCUUUGUAUAACUUCACCUCUAUAUUUACCCAUGUGUGUUUUAAUAAACGGCUUUUAUAUUG